UCUUUCCAGCUCUAAUUUAUUGUUUACUUUUCGCGCAGUGGAACCGGGCCGGCGCUCGAAUUUUUUUGUAUUAUUUUUUCCGCACUACCCCCCGCACCAGGCGCGCGCUGGAAGCGAUACGAAAUUUUUGCGCCAAAUUGUUUGGUGUGAAAAAAAGGGUUCAAUAAAUGAACUGUCCCAGUGCGGUGUUCUGAACGGAAAAUGUAUCGAAAAUGAAAGAAAAGAAACCGCGAAGAGAGCGACGAAAGAAGUGCGUGCGGCGAAAAGAGAGCGAAAAGUGCCAAAAAUAAAAUAAACAGGCCCGGCGGCAAGAGCACUUGUUGGAAUCCAAAAAGAAGGCGAGCGAAGAUCAAGGAAAGGCAGGAAAAAACCAGAAGGAGAAGCAGCCACCGAAGCGGAACCAAAAAGGAGGAGAAGCAACAGAAGCAGCAACAAGUGCCAUAAGAAGCAGCGAAAAUGUGCAUAUGACAAUUGGCUUAAACUCUCCUCUGCACACCAGUUUCUCCGCUCUCUCUCUCUCUCUCUUUUGCUCCUCCUCGCACACGCAUCACUCACCCAUCCCCUCUCUGCAUCUUCAUCUCCUUUCCAUUGCCAUUGCCAUAGCCACUACCAGCUCCCUUUCGAUAUCCUCUACACACACAAGCACAUAUCUACAUCUGGAAGGAGGAGAGGCAAGAGGAGGUGGGAAACAUGCGGAGACCAGUCGCCGUGCUGAGCCGGAAACAACACUUCUUCGUCGGCCUGCUCCUGGGCCUCCUGCUCAGCUGCUAUAUCCCGGACGUGUUGAAGCUGGUCCAGCAGGAGGAGUGUCCACAGGAGGCCGCUGAGGAUCUGCUGAUUGAGCGCUUUGGCCAGGACUUUGAGCCCCAUCUGAACCUCAUCAAUAAGCCGCUGGAGGCCAAGAAGCAGGUAAAGAAUGUGAUUCGACCCCGAUACUACUCCUCAGAGCUGGGCAUCCGCGAGAAGAUCUUCAUUGGGGUGAUGACCUCGCAGGAGCACAUCAACACCUUUGCCACUGCCUUCAAUCGCACCACCGCCCACCUGGUGAACAAGAUCAAGUUCUUCAUCUACGCGGACAGCGUCAAGACCAACUACAAGCUGAAGAACAUUGUCGGCUUCACGGACACCCAGGAGAGUCGGCGUCCCUUCCAUGUGGUCAAGUACAUAGCCGACAAUUACCUGGAUGAGUAUGACUACUUCCUGCUGGUCCCGGACAAUGUCUACGUGGAUGCCCGCAAGCUGACCAAGCUCCUCUACCACAUGAGCAUCACGUUUGAUCUGUAUAUGGGUGGUGCCCGUAUCGGUCUGACUGCUCGUUCAAAUGAACCAGCACCUGGUGAGGAUUUGGAUCCGGAUCAGGAUCAGGUGCCACCUGGUGUCAGUGAUCGCAACUACUGCUCCUUGGAGGCCGGCAUUCUGCUCAGCAGCAGUGUUAUCCGCAAGAUGCGCAACAAUCUGGAACGCUGCGUCCGGAUCGGGAGCACUGGCGACCACAGCGUCAACAUAGGGCGGUGCGUCAAGUAUGCCAGUCGGGUUGCCGGCUGCCAGGAGAGUUUUCAAGGAAUGCGGCAGUAUAGCUAUGCCCUGGAUGCUCCAGGACGACGACAUCGAGACUUUAGCGAUCUGGCCAAGGAGGAGGCCUUCCGCAAUGCCAGCACCGUGUAUCCCGUUCAGACGCCCGAAGACUUUUAUCGCCUGCACGCCUACUACUCCAAGCAUCACCUGGAGCUGGUGCAGGAGCGCGGCUAUGCGCUGGAACAAAAAUCAUAUCGCAUUGCCAAUGGCAGCAUUUCAAACAAGAUCCUCGAGAUCCGGUGGCCGCUGGGUGUGCCGCCGCCAAGUGCGCCGGAGACGCGACACGACAUCCUCACAUGGCAACUCCUAAACGCCACGCACAGCUUCCUGCCGCACGGCAAUGCCGAGCAUGCGGUGGCCCCCCUCUCACGUAUCGAGGCCUUGGACUUUGCCAAGGUCCUGGAGAUUGCCCUGCAGUAUGCGGCCCUCAAGCAUCCCCGAUUAAGCUAUCACAGCCUGCACAGUGCCUACAAGAAAUUCGAUGCCACCCGCGGCAUGGACUAUCAGUUGCAUCUCAGCCUGGUGGAGGGAUCCGGUCGCAGUCGCCGGCAGUUGGUCAAGAGCUUUGAUGUGGUCAAGCCCCUGGGCCGUGUUGAAGUGGUGCCCUCGCCCUAUGUCACGGAGAGCACACGGAUUGCCAUGCUAAUGCCGGCGUUCGAGCAUCAGGUGCCCGAUGCCUUGGAUUUUGUGGAGCAGUACGAGCGGAUUUGUAUGCAGAACCAGGACAACACCUUCCUGCUGCAGAUCUUCCUGUAUCGUCUGGAAUCGCCCAGCAAGGGCGACGAGGAUCCCUUCAAGGCUUUGAAAACUCUGGCUUUGGAUCUCUCCUCCAAAUACAAAACGGAUGGUUCGCGGAUAGCCUGGGUGUCCAUCCGUCUGCCGGAGCAGCUGAGCGAUCCGGUAGAUCCGCAGGCCUGGCUCCUGCACGCCUCCAUGUACGGGCCGCGGCAGCUGCUCAGCUUGGUGGUGGCCGACCUGGCCCUGCCCAAGCUGGGACUUGAGUCCCUGGUGCUGCUGGCCACACCGGGCAUGGGCUUCAAGGCGGACUUCCUCAACCGGGUGCGCAUGAACACAAUCCAGGGCUUCCAGGUGUAUGCGCCCAUUGGCUUCCAGAUGUAUCCGUGCCGCUGGGCGCAGUUUUGCCGGGAGUGCGACACCUGCGACGUGAGCCAGAGCAGCGGUUACUUUGAUCGCAGGAAUCACGAUGUGAUAGCUUUUUACAGCCGGGACUAUGUGCAGGCCCGUAAGCUGUUACAUCCGCAGGGCCUGCCCAUCAUCCGCAGCGAUUUGGACAUUGAUCAGCUGCUGCUGCCGCCGUCUACAGGUGAGGCUGCACCGCGACCCGCUGGGGUGGAAAGCAUCCUGGACAUGUUUGUGGCGGCCCAGCAUUCGGUGCAUAUAUUGCGCGGCGUAGAGCCAAAUCUGCGCUUUGGCCAGAAUGUGCGCAACCAUUUGGCGCGGGGCGGUUCCCUGCCAGCGGACAGCGGUCUUCCAGAGCGCUGUGGCAGGGAGCAGUGCAUCCACUUGGCGUCGCGCAAGCAGAUUGGCGAUGCCAUCAUACGCUACGAGGAUAAAAGUAUUCUUCACAAAUAGCACACACAGCUACAGCUUCAGCUCUAGUUCCAGCGCCUGCCUGUAAUAUCAUCAGUUCCUUUUUUUUUAAACUUACACAUAGAUUUCCAGGUGUGACUGACUGAAUGCCUCGCGCGCGUGUGUGUGUGUGUGUGUGUGUGUGUGUGUGCCUGAGAGUGUGAUAAGGAUAAUAAAAUUAAUAAGAUGCUUAAAGUAAGCUCUAGUAUAGCUUUGCCGUUAGGCAUCUUAUUCAUUCGAUUGCCUUUAGUCUGUUUGUGUCUAGAUCUAGAUCUUAUACAGGACUUGUGUUAGCUCCUUGAAACAAAUAAAAAUAAAUAAAUAAUAAUAAGCCCCCCCUGAGCAUCCUGUAGCAGACCUAUCUCAAACCGAAACUUAGAGUUUAGACCUAGGCAAUUCCUGUUGUUGCUUGCUUUUAAAAGUGAAACAUUCAAUGCUCAAAAUGGUGUAAUGUAAAUACUUAUCUUUAACUUUACGACUACGAUUCCCCUACUGAAACCCCAAAAUAAUAAUUAAUUAAUUAAGCUAAGUGCUAGCCAGAGAGAGAGAACAGAUGCCGCCUUGCCUCAAAAGUGUGUGUGUGUCUAGAUUUAAGGAGAUUAACAUACUUGCCCAGAGUAUCCUAAACCUAGAAGAGACUUGACAUUGCACUUUAUUUCCUGGGGAGCUAACUUUUAAGACGACAAAAGCUUACUUGUUCCUUAAAGGAAACCCUUUCUAAAUGAUAUUACCGGUUUCGCUCACUUGUCUUUUAUAUAAUAUAUGCCUCUGAUACCAUUUUAGCAUCGAAUAGGAUUAUUUCUGCCUUAAAUCCGUUUAAUUUAUUGCUACAGUUAACCCUCUAGUGCCACUUUCCACUAUAAUGGAAAUGAAAUCAUUGUUUUAAUAUUGAUUUUAUUAUUAUUUAUAUUAUUUUUGAAAUUGUGAAUAAUGUAAUAAGGGCCUCAAGGCAUUUUUAAGGCCUAGAGGGUUAAUUUCCCCCAAAAGAAACCAUUUUUUUACUUUUAGUUGUUAGUUUAGAAUUACUGUACGUUUAGGAAUAUUAUUGUUGUUAUUGCAGAAUACAAAAUAAUACAAAAAAUUGUGUACAAUAAAUGUAGAUAUUAUCCUUA